ACGGAGUAUGAAGUUGUUAACCCGGGACUAUUAAAUAAAUGCGCGCGAAUCUUUUGAUACAACUACGCUCUACGGCUCCAGUUAGGGUUCCGCCACUUGUUCAUCCGGCUAUGGAAAACCACCACAUCUCUCACCUUCUCAGUCAAACCUUGAGCUCUGAUGGCAAUGUUGUUAACUCAGCCACUGAAGCUCUCGGCCGCCUCUCUACACUUCCCACUUUUCCUACGUCCCUCCUCUCUAUCGUUACAGGUGGUGAAACCGAAAGCCAAAAAUUAGCUUCCGCUACCUAUCUCAAGAACUUAAUCAGGAGAAAUGCUAAUGGUCCAAAUCCCGAAUUCAGCAAGGAGUUCAGAGAUGCUUUAAUGCGUGCAUUAUUUCAAACAGAACCUGCGAUUCUCAAUGUUUUGAUAGAAGCGUUCCGCUCAAUUGUAGCUAUCGAGUUUGUUAACCAGAGCUCCUGGCCAGAACUAGUACCGGAACUGAGAUCUGUUAUCCAAAACAGCAAUUUGAUUAGUAAUAAUGGAAAUUUAGAAUGGAAAACUAUCAACUCACUCACUGUUCUUCAAUCCUUGAUCAGACCAUUCCAGUACUUCUUGAGUCCUACAAUUAUGAGGGAGCCUGUUCCACCUCAGCUAGAGCUUAUAGCAAAGGAGAUACUAGCACCCUUAUUUGCAGUUUUUCAUCACUUUGUUGAAAAGGUGCUCCAUGUCCAAGAUAUUGCAGAAGCAGAAAUACACAGCAUUCUCAUUUUUACCAAGUGCAUCUAUUUGUCUGUGAGGUCACAUAUGCCACCUGCUCUUGCUCCACUGGUUCCUUCAAUUUGUCGAGAUCUUUUAAAAGUUUUGAAUUCUUUAAGUUUUGAUGGCGGGGUGAAUUGCAAAAGCGAUUUGUUCAGACUGAAGACAGGAAAGAGGAGCUUACUUAUUUUUUCUGUUCUAGUCACCCGUCACCGGAAAAUCUCUGAUAAACUCAUGCCAGACAUUGUGGACUGCGCCACUAAAAUAGUCAAACAUAGUACAAACAUAAGUAAACUGGAUUCUCUGUCAGAGAAGGUUGUUUCAUUGGCUUUUGAUGUUAUUUCUCGUGUUCUGGAGACAGGCCAGGGAUGGAGAGUAGUUUCACCCCACUUUUCUUCCCUGUUAGACUCUGCGAUCUUCCCAGCUUUAGUGAGAAAUACGAAGGACAUGUCAGAGUGGGAUGAAGAUCCAGAGGAGUACAUAAGGAAAAAUCUUCCUUCUGAGCUUGAAGAAAUUUCUGGAUGGAGAGAAGACUUGUCUACAGCUAGAAAAAGUGCAAUUAAUUUGCUUGGUGUUAUUUCAAUGGCAAAGGGACCUCCAGUUUCUUCAAAUUCAUCAAAACGUAAGAAAGGGGAGAAGAGCAAAAAAGCAUCUUGCAGCUCAAUAGGAGAGCUGCUAGUGUUUCCAUUCUUGUCAAAAUUUCCUGUUCCCACUGAUGCCAAUGUGAAGACAGUAAAUGAGUACUAUGGUGUUCUAAUGGCAUAUGGAAGCCUUCUUGAUUUUCUAAAGGUGGAAAAGCCUGGAUAUACUGCUACUCUUCUUCAGACUCGACUGCUUGCACUGUAUAGAGCAUCUAUCCCAGAACCAUAUUUGAUUGCCUCGGCUAACUGGGUCCUAGGAGAGCUUGCUUCUUGUCUCCCUGAAGAAAUGAGAGCUGAUAUCUAUUCGGCACUGGUGGAUGCUUUGGUUACACCAGAUAGAGGAGACGUCUCAUGUUAUCCUGUGCGGGUGUCAGCUGCUGGAGCAAUUGCCCAACUUGUCGAAAAUGGCUACAUGCCACCUGAGUGGUUAUCACUUCUUCAAGUGAUUGUGGGUAGAAUCAGUGAUGAUGAAGAAGAGACCUCCAUCAGUUUACAGCUUCUUAGUACUUUGGCUGAGGCUGGAGAUGAAAACAUUGCACCACACAUCCCACACAUAGUUACAUUAUUGGUUACAAGAAUCCUAAAUCACACAACUAUAGAUUCAAACCCUUGGCCUCAGGUGGUUAAACGAGUAUUUGCAACAUUAGCGGUUAUGGCUCAAUGUUGGAGAGAUUCUGCAACUGAUGAAAAUGAGAAUGCUGAUGUGGAUGAAAUGUGGCUUCUCGGUCAAAGAACUCUAAUGGAAGCCUUUACUGCAAUGCUGCAGCAUGCAUGGCUAAAAUCUGCUGAACUGAUGGAAUGUGAACCUGGCCCUUCGAAGCUGCCUUCAUCAAGUGUAGAUGAUGCAAGCAGGUUGCUUGCCUUCGUUUUGCAUGGUAUUACUGAAAAGAGUGAGAUUGCAAAGUUAAAGAUCAUGGAGUUACUGCAUGUGUGGUCUGAUUUAAUAGCUAAUUGGCAUGCAUGGGAGGAGAUGGAGGAUCUAUCUAUCUUUGAUUGCAUUAAUGAAGCUGUGAAUCUGACUAGAAAGUUGGCUGUCAAGAAUUUCAAUGUGGGAGAGUUUACAUCUCGUACUGUCCCACUCCCACUCAUACCUAGGCGUUCUAUUAUUGAAGGAAUUGGUGUUUUUGUAGCGGAGGCUUUUUCACAGUAUACAUCUGCUGUUUGGAGAGCAUCUUCCUGCGUUCAUAUGUUAUUACAUGGUCCAGAUUACUCUUUAGAAGGAGAGAGCAUAAAGCAGUCUUUAACAGUGUCUCUCACUACUGCAGCUUUUACUCGCUUUAGGGAAACACAAAGCAAGCACAUUCCAUUAUGGAAACCCUUACUGCUAGCAAUAUCAUCAUGUUACUUGUGUUGCCCAGAUAUUGUAGCAAAGAGAUUAGAGAAUAUUCAAAGCGAUGGAUUUACAGUCUUUGCAUCUGCUUUGGCAUUUAUAUGUACCAGCAAAUUUGAACACUCUUUGUCAACAGAGUCUUCAUUCAAGUUGGCUGUUAUGGCACUUGAAAGGGUAGCAGCAAAAUUGACCCAACAAAGUGGAGAUGGUAAUCUACUGCAAAGCUGUAUUGUUUCACUAAUAGAAGCAUCUGUGAGGCUAAAAGAAAUGCAGGAGGGAGAGGAAGAAGAAAGUGAAAAUGAGGAUUGCAGUGAUGGAGACACUGAAGAAGAUGAGGAUGAUGAAGAUGAUUCUGAAGAGGAUGAUGAACGGGAAGAAACUGAAGAAGAGUUUUUGGAAAGAUAUGCCGAGACAGCAACUGCAUUGGAAAAUGAGACCAUUCAUGAAGGAGAUGAAGAAAAUGAAGAGUAUGAUAUUAUUGAAUUGGGUUGCAUGGAAAGGUUUGAUUUGCAAAGCACUGUGGUUUCAUUCAUAGAAAGAUUGCAUCAAGUUAUAUUGCAAGGACAGGUCAUGCCAUCGCCAGAACUCAUGUCUCAGUUCUUGGAAUACUUUCCUGAAUGCAGAUUAUAUUUCCCUCAACUUCAGCAGCACUAGGCUUGGUUAAAAUCAGUUUGCCCUCUAUCAAUCUGUUUUCAUUGUAUGCCACCUCGUAUCAUUUUGCAGCUGUAUCCUUACCAUUGUACCCCCUGAUCUUAGUUUAUUAAUUUAUGUUGGGACUCUGUGCUUAUAAUAUUAUGAAGUUCACAGUGAAUAUGAGUCAAUGUAUUUACACUUCUAUUCGUCUCAGUGACUCAGUAUGAUAUACUCGCAAAUUUAUUUUGAUGGGUACAAA